AUGUAUACUUAUAUCAGCAAAGACAUAACCAGCCAACAUAGCUUGUGGGUACUUUGUUACUUUCAAGCUCUAAUGCCUCUGAACUGCAAGAUUCGCUCAUGCAACACCGGGGAUUCCGUCCAGAAGCCUCCAGGCUUCCAUCACUUGCCGAGCAUACGAGGAGGCAAACGCAGAGUGAUGGAAAACAGUUCGGAUGAGGAGUAUGUGCCUGUGGCAGGCUAUGAUGUGUCGUGGGAAAGUCUGAGACCAGGGGGUAAAGGAAAAGGGAAAGGAAAAGGUCGCUCGGAGGGUCGGGGAAGGACACGCUCAAGGGGUGAGGGCAGCAGGUCGAGGUCCAGAGCUCCUUCAAGAAGACCAGGGCGCCGGGGUAGGCAGCGAACAUCAGCUUUCAGAGAAGAGGACCGAGACCAGCUUGCACAGCUGAGAGCUGCCAGUAUAGCUGAGAUGCAGACAGCUUUACAACACCUGAGCCAGGAGGAGAGAGAUUAUAUUCUCGAGAGAGUGGUGACCCGUCUUCCAGGGGUGAUGCUGGAUAUCCUGGAGUUUCGGCAAGAGACGCCAGGACACCAUCUUCCUGAUCGAGGGCAGCCUGUGUGGUGCACUUGCCAGAACUGCCGACGCAUGCCUACACAGAUUGAAAAUCUGUGCUGUAGGCAGGUUCCGGAACUCUGUCUAAGCAGAAGUGCUCACCUGGAGCUAUACUGCUUGGAUGAGGGCACACUGUGUCUAGUGAGGAUGACCUGGAAUGACAUCUUCGUCUUAGAGGACAACCAAGAUGUGGGCACAGACAACCGAGAGUUUCGUUUUGCUGCGUAUCGUCAGUUUACAGUCUGGCAUCAUGGGCGUCUGGGAAGAGGAAGUCGGAGACCAAUUCCAAGCUGCUGUGUUGUACGUAUACGGGAAAAAUUCCCUGAUCUAUUUGGGAAUUACACUGGUUACAAAGAAGCACCAUUUAGGGCUGCAGACUAA